CACCCAAGAAUAAGCCACCCCAGCGCUGGUUUGCGUACAGGACGCGUCGCACCCAUCCAUGGGCCUAGUACAUGCUAGAGCAGCCAUGGAUUCAUAGCUAGAUCCCGAUUCCAACACACAAUGGAGACAUCAGCCCCCAAGCGCCGGAAGACGUCGCCCACCACAUCGGUGCCAGUCAACGGCCAGAACGGCGACGACCAUCCCAACAACACGUCCACAACCCCGACUGACCCCGCACCAGGCGCCUCGUCCAGGGGGGAGGGGCGCCCGUCCUUUGCCUCGCCCACCAGAGCAAGUCUUGCCAGGCACAAUCCCGAUGUUCUCGACAAACACAAAGCGACGACUACUGCUGCCGUCGCCGCCUCUAGAACCAGGAAGGGUGCCGCCGCCGCGCCGCCGGAGCGGGGCGCGUCCCAGCUUGCCAGCGACCUCAACAACGAUGCGUCCGACCCGGUAGAUGGGCAACGCGAGCAGGGGCUAACAGGCAACGGCGAGUCCCAGGGCGCAGCCAACCAGAGACGGCCGCCACCCCGUUCCCCGGAGAGGAGCAUAGGCGCACCGGACGGCUUGUUGUCGGCGAUGCCUAGGAGAACGCCGGUCAAGCUGCCGCCGCGGCCGUUGCCUCCUCCCGGCCCCGCCGACGACGAGCCCAUCAACCCCUUCCGUGGUCGCGCCCUCAGGAGGUCAUGGACGGGCUUUGCUCCCCCGCCGCCGCCGCCGCCACCCGAGCCGGAGCUGCCGCCCACCCCAGAACAUCAUCGCGAUGCUUCCGUAAACACGCCGCCUUCCGGCAUCCAUAAUACGCCAUCGAAGCGCGCGAGGAGGAGCAGGGCCCUGGCCGAGCGCAUAAGGAGCUCGCCCAGUAAGCCUCCGUCCUCUGCGGUAGCGUUCUCGCCCUCGAGGCAACCCACUGCCCCUCCUGCGACGACGGCCGCACCUCCGCCCUCAAAGCCGGUCGAGCAGCGGCUGUUCGGGGCGCGGGCUCGUCGGCGCAUGAGUUCCAUAGGCCCCAUCGUGAUCGACGAACAGCCGGAGGAAUCGCUUGUAGGUGCAGGCGACCAGGUCGAGGAUGCCGACCGUGCCACCGCGCGCGCGUUGCGCGGGAUCGAGCCUUCUGGGCCCGAGACGGCCAAGAGGGCAGAGCGUGAUGCGCUGCUCGCUGAGAUCGCGCAGCUCCAGGCCGACGUCGAUGCGCUAGCCCGGGAGAACCGCAGGCUCGAUGACGCGGACAACGAUACGGACUCGGCGGACAGGCAAGCUGCCGUUGACGCUCUGCGGCGACACCUGCUCCCGCAGGAUGCGGAGCCGGAAGUCGACGCCGACAUGCAGUGGCUGGAGGCGGCGCUGAACCCAAUAUCGUUCCUCCCGUUCGCAAAGUCCUCGACCCAGCCACCGCCUAGCCUCUUCGGGGCUGACCUUAGCUCGCGAGCCAAAGAUGAUGAGCCGACGCCCGUGUCGCACCACCCCGUCCAGAUGACGGCCGAGGAGGAGCUCCCGUUCCUGCAGGUCUUCACCCCGCUGUCAUUCUCAUCGCAAAUCACGGUCCUGCCGCGGCGCGGGGAGGGCGAUGCACCCCUGCUGCAGCGGCACGCCAUCACGGUGGGCUCGACGUCGCCGCCGGGCCUCUUCGCGGCGCAGAUCAGCAUGACGGUCGACACGGCCACGCACACGAUCCGCGAGCUGGCGGUGCCGCGCCUCGACCCCGCGGCCGCGCCCGAGCUGGCGCAGCUCAUCGCCGACACCACAGCGGCCACGACGGCGGCGGCGGGGGCCAGGCCUGUGCGCUCUAGGCUGAACAACAUCAGCGUCCUCGGUUGGGCCAUGGCCGAGUGGGUGCGCGUCGCCACGCGCCGCGCCCGCUUCUGGUGCACGCUCGAGGCCGAGCUCGCCACCAAGGACGGCGUGGCCGCCGCCGCCCGGGCCAGGGCCAGGGCCAGGCGGAACAAGGGGAGGCGCGGGAACGGCAACAAGGGGCGGCAGCGCGGCCGCGGCGCUUCUGGCGACCAGGACCCGGACGCCACUGAGGACGAGGACGAGGGGGACGACCAGGAUGCGGAUCCGUCCGACGCCGGCUCGCGGUCCUUCUCCCGCCGCGACCUGCUCCCCCAGAUGGGCAGGACGGCCAUGGAGCUGGGCGUGCCCGCGCCGGGCGCCGGAGAGGAGGAGGACGGCCAGGCGGUCAGCCUUAUGGUCAGGUGGCGGAUCGGGUUCGACUGGACCGGCGAGGCGGAGAGCGAGGUGGAGUUGCUGGCUGGCGUCCCCGGGAAAUGGAGGAAAGCCGACCAGAGGGGAAAGCUACACGCCAUCCCAGAACUGUUCCAGAAGCUCAUCAAGGAUGAGGGGGACCCCAUCGUGGCCGUGAGGACUGUUGUUGCGCUGCUGAGCGGCGAUGGAUCAUAAAGGGGCGGCAUAGUACGGGGAGGGGAUGACGUUGCGGCGUUCAUGGACGCUUGAUACUUUGAUACCCAAUGUUGGCAAGAGUUGUCUUUUCAUCGGUUUAAUAUACACCCAUUUGUGG